AUGGUGGUUAAGACUACUUACGCGCUCACGCUGUUUACAGCAGUGAGCUUAGCUGCACCUAUGCAGAAGGGUGCUAACGGCGGAAGUGAGAACUUCAUUGGAGCUGGCACUGCCAAUGGUCAGGUCAAUGAUGUUGUCAAGGGCCUGUUCAAGAACUUGACCCCGCGUGAUAACGAUGAUGGAGGCUCUUCCAAGCAUGGAAACCUGAUCAACGACAUUCCUUUCCUCGGGCCAUUACUUGGUAGCAGUAAUAACCAGGAAAAGCGCUCGUUCACUGGUGACCUUGCGAACUUCCCGCUCCUGGGUGACCUUUUUGGUGGUGGCCAAAACCAUGGACAGAACGAAGGUCAGAACUACGGUCAGAAUGCCGGGCAGAAUUAUAAGCAGAACUAUGGCCAGAAUUAUGGGCAAAACUACGGCCAAAAUGCUGGCCAAAAUGCUGGACAGAAUUCUGGACAAAACGAGGGAGAGAACUAUGGUCAAAAUGACGGUCAAAAUGACGGUCAGAAUGAUGGUGAGAACUAUGGCCAAAACUAUCUCCAGAACUUUGGACAGAAUCACAAGCGGGAUCUUGAUAGUGAUCUCAGCAGCUUGCCUAUCAUCGGGUCGCUCUUUGGUGGAGAUGACAAGGAUAGCAAGAACGAGAAGGAUACCAAGGACAGCAAGAAUAACAAUAAUUCGGAUGACAAGGAUGGCAAGAGUCCCUCUGAAGGGAAGAAGCUCGACUCUCGUCAGUUUGAGGGUAUUUGGACUUUUAUUCAUGGUAUUACUGCUGGUGCUUCCACAACUCAAAGCCACCGCCGCGAGUUUGAGAGCCUAAAUGACGCUAUCCCUAACCCCGAGCACGGAGAUGGAGCAUUCCGCGACGAUUCUCUUCCCGAUAAUUUUGGUGAUCUCUCAGCAUCUACCUUUAGAACUGGUAUGGAAGUUGCGGGCGAUGUUGUUCCUCUCCCAGUUCUGACUCGUGAUAUGAGUGAUGAUGAGGCCAAAAAGCCCGGUCAAGAAGCUCAGCCUCAGGAUGCCCAGUCUGGCAAGGAAAACAAGCCAGCUAAGCCUAGCAAGUCCAGCAAUCCCCUCACUGAGCUUGCCAGCGAGAGUGGCCUUGGUCAGCUCUUUGGUAACGCCCAUCACGGUGUUGGAUUGCUCCCGAUGAAUGGACGUCGUGACACUAGCUCCAUUGAGUCUCGUGCAGCUCCCAUUCAGGGAUCUACCUUGACUGAUGUCUUGUUGCAGGGCGGUGCCCUUGGCAAGAUCUCCAAGGCUCUGGCUCCUCAGCCUGCUGGUCCCCCUGGAAAGAGUGACCCCACCAAGAUUGGUGAUGGCAGCGGAAUGGCUCCUCCCGGUGCUCCCGGCUCUCCUCCUGGCUCUGGUGCUGCUGGUCCUCAUCAUGGGCCUGGCUAUAUAGCUGAGCACAAGAAGCAGAAUUGA